GCGACAGGCUCGGCCGCCUCGAUUUCGUUGCGCCGGCCCUGUCCGUAGCCUCGAGGGCGUGACUCGGUUGGGCCGGUUAGGUGCGUCGCUCGAUCGUUGGCGACCCGGAGCCCAGAGGCGUCCCUGCUCGCGUUGUUACGCGCGGCCCUCCGAUUGGCGGCGGCUCGAGGGUGGAGUCACAUGAUCCCGGUAGCCGUCGCCUGAUUGGCGCCGGCUGGAGAGGCGGCAGGCCCGCGACGCGCUUCGAGCGAUUUUUCGAAGCGAGGCGCCACGCCACGGGUCGCGCAGACGUGCUCGCUCGCCGCCGCUCCGAGACACUUCGCUCGCUCGCGAGGCCGAGGCCCCAGUGUGUUUUUACUCGGGGUUGAGUAAACUCCGGCCUGUUGUGUAUCAUAAUACGCGUGCACGCGGAUUUACUGGUUAGCCUGGCAUCGACCACCGAAUCGCACCCUCGCGCCCGUACGCGAGAGCCUUCUUCUUGCACGACCGUCGGGGACUAACUUCUCAGCCGCUCCGGCUCAGAUACCAACCGAGCGUCAACAAAACGACCGACUAACGACCGGAACGAACCGGCCGUCUCCGUCUACCCGACGGAAUCGACGAUCCGUCAUCGAUCGAGCCGAUGGUGACGCGCCUCCUUCGCCCUUCGCUGCGGAGUAAGUGACCGCGAUCGUGCCGUCUUCAUCGAACCUGUGAGACAGUGGUGACAAGUGAUCCACCGGGGGGCCAGUGAGUGAAAAUUUCCGGAAUUCGGGGAGCUUCAGGACUAAGAGUUACAUUUUCGACGGUUGGUCCGAGGCUCUUCGACCGUUGCUCGGAGGAUCCUGAGUCAAAGGAGCCCGAGGGGAGACGGACUACCUAGAAUUUCGUGAACAGUGAUACGUGGCAGGUGUCUGCGGGAUCGCUCCUCAGAAUAUAAACCGCGCUAGAAGGUACAGAAGCGAGGACUACUGGGACUAGUAGUGUCAGGAGCACACCGGAGCUAGGUCACGAAGAUUCGCUCCUUGACCGACGUUACCUUCUCUGACAUAUACAUAUCUUCAACCUCUAAGUAUCUAUUUAUCACCCAUCGAGAACCGACUGCCAAUCUAUCCUACCCAGGAUGUCAAUCGUGAAAUAAUCCCAUCGUCCUCGUCUCUAAAAGAAUCCAAACCAAGUUUCGACGUACUAAACUCUCCCCCUACAUCCACCCAAAUGUCGAUCGUCCAGCCAGGGUGCCUCUGAAUCUUCUUCGCGAACCUCUAACCUUCCGCGACAUCGCCUCUAAUCCUCCCUAAAACCCACCUGCCCCACCUCGAUAAUAUCACAGAUAGUAUCGUAUCCAAAAAUCAAAAUGCACACGUUGUUCAGCGAGCAAAACGCCUACUACAGGCACGCGACGGCCGUACCCGUUGGGAUGGGCACCCCGUCGUACCCAGGGGUCGGUGCCACGCCGGGAUACUAUGAGCAGUAUCGAUACGGAGGGUACGCGACGGCCGCGGGGUACCCGGUGUCCGGGAUAACCCAGCAGCACAUCCACCACCCGGGUAAGGACAUGGUGAAGCCCCCGUAUUCGUACAUAGCCCUGAUCACGAUGGCGAUACAGCACGCGCCCGACAAGAAGAUCACCCUGAACGGUAUCUACCAGUUCAUCAUGGAACGGUUCCCGUAUUACCGCGAGAACAAGCAGGGCUGGCAGAACUCCAUCCGGCACAAUCUUAGUUUGAACGAGUGCUUCGUGAAGGUCCCGCGGGACGACAAGAAGCCGGGAAAGGGAAGCUACUGGUCCCUGGAUCCGGACAGCUACAACAUGUUCGACAACGGCUCGUACCUGCGGCGUCGUAGACGUUUCAAGAAGAAGGACGCGCUGAAGGAGAAAGAGGAGGCGUUGAAGAGACAGGGCUUGGUGCCGGAGAAACGCGGCCAGGACGAUUCCAAGCCCAGCAACAUGGCGAUACAGCCACCGACGGACGCGACGUCCAAGAAACUGGGAACCAUGGACGCCACCCUCUGCAAGCCUAAGAGGGAACCGGUGAACGACCCAGGGAGCCACUGCAUGGCCGUCCAGGCCAAGUACAGUCUUCACAGUCCCAUUCAAGAGCCGAAGACCACGGCCGCGACGACGACGCCGGCCGUCGCCGUGCCCGGCCAGAGCGUUAUACAGACCGCCCUCGGACAUCAGGUUCAUCAAGCUCACCAGGUCCACCAGGACCCCAUCCAGGACGUCUCCAUGGGCCUGGAUCCCACCAGCUUCAGCGUCGACGCUCUGAUGACAACGCGAGAGAACACCGCCGCCCUGAUGUCCAGGGACAACCAACACCACGCGCACCAUCCCCACGGGCUCCAGCACCCGCACCCUCACUCGCACUCGAUCAUGACGAGCAGAGAGACGAUGGGCGCCGGUGUGGUGUCCAGGGACCACUUGUCCGCCGCCUGCACGACCACGACCACCACGACGGCCGCCGUCGCCGCGAUGAUGGCCACCACCGGCUACGGACACGGCGGCGCCGUCUCCAGGAGCAACGGAUCGCCACCCGGGACCAUGUACGCGCCCUACUGCACACCGGCCACCGGUUACAUCAUGGAGCACGCGGAAUACAAUUCCAGGAACCAUAAUAACACCGCCGCACACUCGCAGUGGUACCAGGAGGCCGCCAGCCCCGACGCCGCCGCCAUUUAUCAGGACACACAGUCGCCGAGCUGCCAGCUUUACAGAUCCAGCCCACCCACACCGUUGUCGACGAGCGCGGCGCCGUCGCCACCGCUGUACCACAGAUACUACCAAGACUGCAACACCGUCAACACCAGCGGCAACCUGCCGAUCACGUUGCACAAAUACUGAGAAUACCGAAAUUCAAGGCCUCAUCACCGAGGCCUUGAAGACCACCACGCCGAGCACUACGACCCGAGCCUGGUCUACGUGAAGCAAGAAUGGAUCCCGUCUACGGAGGAGCUCGCCAAAGAAUGGAACUAGACGAGCCUUUCGAUCCCGACGAAAUAAAAGUCCCGAGACUUCGAGGAAUCGUCCGAGGUAUACGACGAAUUACUACGUGGCCAAAUAACGUAUCAGAAAAAGUCGCGCGUAAAGAAAUCCACGAGAUUUAUUUUGUUGGACAGUUCGCCUCGGGAGUAAACCUUUUCAGCUCGUAGAAGCUUCGUCGGUCUCGUGAUCCGCGUGCGAGU